AUGCUUCUCCGACGAAUAUCCUUCUUAUGUUUUCUCCUCCACUGCCAUGCCUACAACAUUGUUGUGUACAGUCCAACCGAGAGCAAAUCCCAUAUGAGAGCAAACGCGGAGAUUGCGGACAUCUUGGCGCAGAAUGGGCAUAAUGUGGUGAGCUUUUUUUACGCUAGUAAAUUGACCUUUCUACUGAGUUUUCAGUUAAGUUUCUUGACAUAUUGGGAUGUAAAUAGCUUGGCAAAAACUUAAAUCGGAAUUUUGUCAGACAUUUCUGAUAUUUUUAACUGGCGCUUUGCAGAAAUUUUUUUCUGUCGAAAGUCGCCGUAAACUAACGAUUUUUUAAAGAACCUUGUAGAAACGUAAUAAGGACAAAAUAGAUAAAAAUUUUUAAUUUCUUUUUCCAGACCCUCUUCGAAGUCCAUUACGACGUUGAACCCGGAUCAAUAAAAGAUAUUGUGAAACACGCCAAGCAUGAGAGUUACACGUUCGAUUGGGACAAUCGAACGAGUGAGGCGAACUUUAGAGGCUUUGUUCAAGGGAUGUUUCAUCAAGGAAACAUUGUUACAGCUUCGGUUAACAACGAGUUGUAUCACGAUCGAAAAGUGGAGGCGUGUGAUCGUAAGUUGAUCUUUUUGUUUCGCAAUGAACCUGUUCAGUGUCCAAUUUUUGGCUAUGCAAAUUUUUUUAGACCUUCUGAAUAGCUCUGAAAUCCUGGAUAAACUUCGCGAAGGGAAAUACGAUGUCUUUAUUGGCGAGCAACUUGAUCUUUGUGGAACGGGGCUAAGUCAUCAAGCAGGAAUUCCGAUUCAUGUUUGGCUCAGCAGUUGCCCCAUGCCUGAAUAUAUGGCAUCGUUGUUGGGAAUUCCGAUGAUGACCAGCUUCACGCCAGCCGUAUUUCAAAAUGAUAUGGUCGGAGAUAAAAUGAACUUCUUUGGAAGGCUGAAGAAUUGGCUGAGAAGUCAGUCCAAUUACUACGGAUUUACGGGAUCGGCGGAGAGAAUUACGGAGGUGUUCAGGAAGCGAUGGCAAGUUGUCUUUUCGUUGUUUGUGGAGUGUUUUACACACAUUUCAUGAUCUCAAAAGUAGUCUGUAACGGAAGCCGUUGUCCUUCGAAAAAGGAUGUUUUUAACUUGCAGGAAGCAUGACCCUUAUGUAGGCUUUCUCCAACAAAUGAGACAUUUUAUAAUAGUAAAAAAUGUUGUUAAAAAUUUUAUUAUAGGACACGCAUUGGACUCUGCGGAAAAUUUGAUAAUAUUUUUGGCCAAAGAAUUUUUAUCACCAAAAUGCUAAUUGAUUGUUAUCCUUUUUUUCAGGCCUGAAUUCCCUUACGUUGGAGAUAUCGCCGCAAAAUCGCCUAUUGUUCUCGUGAACACCAACGAAUUCCUCAGUUUCCCUCGACUCACCACCUCAAGAAUCAUCGAAAUCGGGGGACAUUCUCUGCCAAAACUUGAAGAAAAAAUUGAAGCCAAAAAUUCAACAUUAGUUGAAGAUCUUUUGAACGAAGAACUUGUUGAUGUGGUCGUAUUUUCGUUGGGAACAAUGGUGCAGACUCAAUGGCUACCGAGAGAAGUAUUGGAUAAUAUUGUGGAGGCGUUUACGGACCUCGAGGACUACCAGAUUAUAGCCAAAAUUAACAAGGAGGAUGUGGUAAGUCGUUCUUUGAGGUUUGUGUUCAGGAUACAUUUUGAGACUUUUUCAAAGCUCAAAAAUCUUGCGGUGAAAGCCAAACUCCAAACUGCUCUUCAAUAUCAAUGUUUUUUGUUGUGCUUGUACUUCUUGAUCUAAAAUGGGGACCCAUUAUUUACCGAUCUUCAUUAGGGUCAUCCAAAAAAAAUUUUAACGCAAGAAAAAUUCUGUUUCAUAUUGCAUGGGUUUCAAUGCAGAAACAAUGCAUUAUGGCUAAGCGUGUGCCAACUCAAGGCGUGCGUUAAGGCCCGGCUAGCUCUCGAACUUCUCAAAUAUCCGUAUAUACCCCGUCAAGUCGUAAAACUUUCUUUUUCAGAUCACGAGAAACAGACUGGCCAACCUCACCCAUGUCAAGGUUCUAGAUUGGAUACCACAAACUGAACUGCUAGGUGAGUUGAGUGCUUUAAACAAGCAUAAAUCCUUGUCUUUCAGCCCAUCCGAAGACCAAGCUCUUCAUUACGCAUGGUGGCUACAACAGUCUUCUGGAAGCCGCAUGGUUCGGGGUCCCUGUGUUAUCAAUUGGAAUUUUCGGUGAUCAAAUGCAUAAUGCAGAAAUCCCCGAAAGAAAUGGCUGGGGAAAGUCGUUUGACAAGCAUAUUCUGCUGGACACAUCUUUUCCAUUGAGCGAGGCAGUCAAGAACAUCAUCGGAUAUCCACAGUAAGACAUUUGAUCAUAAUAUUACCUUCAAAAUUAAGGUAUACCAAGAAAGCACACCGAAUUAAGAACAUUCUUCGGCAACAAAUCCCCAAACCUCAAGACCGCCUCAUCAACGCCUUCAAAUUGCUUGAAACUCAAGGCGGAGAGCUUCCGGAGCUUCUGCCCGCUUCCAUUCACCUCUCAUGCUUCAAACUCUACAACCUCGACAUCUACAUCUUCUUCUUUGUGUUGGUUCUACUCACUUUGUGGCUAAUUGCAGGCAUCUUUGCGGCCAUCGGAAGGUGUUGCAGCCGGCUGGGCAGCAAGUUUAAGACGGUGUAAGUUGGUCGUCACAAUUUUUUAAUGAGCUUAAACUUUCGUAUUCAAAAUAUUCGAAUUUCAGAAAGCCCAACGAGCACGAAGCUGCCCUCCUCAACGACCAUCACGACGCAUAG